AUGUCGCCAACAGACACUCCGUGGGAUGGGAAGUUCUCAUGCUCACGCAGUGAUCCAUAUGGCCCUCUGAAAAUGGAUCCGAACGGCCUGGCAGACUUGAGCUUCGACCCAUCGAUCCGCGCACAAGACCAUGUCCUCCAAAACCCAAGCCUCUUCCCGUCCGUGCGACCCUCAUUCCAAGAUCUGCACGACAUGAUCGGAAUUCCAGCUUUCGCAAAAUACCGCGAUGCUAUUGACAAGCAAUACGAGUUCCUAGACGCCAGCCGCCUUACCAUCAUCGCCCAGCUCACCGCCGAUGCCUACACCAAAACCGGUCUCCGUCCCACCGAGACUCAAAUCAAGAAAUCCGUCGAGGUUCUCGACCGGUACUUGCCCAUUGGACUCUGCUCCUCCGCGCACAUCGACCCCAACCGCCUUCGCUACUCCAUCAAACACGGUCAAAGAGCCGUCGCCUUCUUCGUCCUCAAGGGUCUGCAAGCCUGCCUCGCCGAAGUCGAGGUCCGCAACAAUCUCAACAUGGUACAGCUGAAACAUAUCGUCAUCGAAGCUGUCGAAGCCCUGCAAGAGAAAUUGGUGCAGGUCUCCAUGUACCAACACGGCGGCAAGGAGGCGUUCAAGCUGGCUCUUGCCGCUAACGACCACGACGUGAUCCUCUAUGACACCUCAGCGCUGCGUACUCUGCUGGACGAAGCGCAGCAGGAGCUGUGCGACACAGUCGAGGAUCACGCGUCGAGGAUGGUGGCGGUCACGAUGCAGCCUGCCGACUUUCGGAUCUGGAACGCGGUUGGCGCAUGCAAGUUGCUCUUGAGACGGAUUGUGGAUAUCGACGAUGAUGAUAUCGAGGACGAGGUCCUGUGGUGA